AUGACCCGCGAGGCGUAUAUAAGCGCCGCAGCGCAUAUUGCGAAAUUUGGACCAGAAUUGAGUGAGGAAGCUGCUAAUGCCUUCUUGGACGCUUGGCCAUUGGAGAAGGCGAUCAGCGAGCUCCGAGACACCCACCUUGAACCUGAGCAUGUCCGGGAGAUCUGCGGCAGCAUCGGCGCCGCGCUGAACACCGAAGCAGGCGUGACCAGGAGGGAGGAGUGGCUCCCCUUUGCACUUUUUGCCCUGCACUCGCCCCUGGCGGCCGUGCGGACGACAGCCUCAGACCAGCUCCACCGGGCCCUCGCCGAUGUGCACUACCCGGAGGCCUGGAAGGUGGACGCCUGCGGGAGGCUGAUCGGCAUUGUGGGCGAGGAGGAUGCAGGGGAGGCCGGCGCGGGGAUCGCCGCAGGGCGGCUGCUCGGCGCUGCCACGCCCGGCGCGCUGCUGUGCCGCGCAGCAGGGUUGCGGGAAGAGCUGCACCGCGUCGCGCUCCUCCCCACCGCCGCGCCGCGCCUGCGCACUCUGGCAGUGGCGCUGGAAGUGGUGUAUCGGGACGCCGAUCUGGCGGCGCCCCUGCUCCCCGCCGUGCGGGGAGCGCUGGAGGGCAGUAGGGGAGACGUGCUCGCCAGCGUGACCUCCAUGGAGCUGCUGCAGCAGAUCGGGAAGGGGCGGCGAGCCUGCAGGGCGGCCAUCGCGCUGCUGGACAGCCUGCAAGGGGUGCUGCAGGAGUUCUUGGGCAGCGAGGAGGAGCUCGUCCGCGAUGCUACGCUCGUGGCGGCAGCCAAGCUGGUGGGAAGGGGCGGGGACAGCGAGGUCUUCCUCGCCUCGCAGCAGGAUCGGCUGGGCCCAUUCAUUGCAGCGGUCGCGGCCGCUCUGCUGCAGCCAGAGCCCUAUGCGGCCCUGCAUGCAGCCUCGGAGUGGCCGGCUGUGCUCGGCGCGGUGCGCCCCGGGAAUGUGGACGAGAUGCGUGCCCGUCAUGCCCUGCUUUCCUCCCUGAUGCACCGACCCUGGGCUGCAGCCAGGGUGUGCCGCGUCCCUGAGGCCAUGCACGGGCUGGUGUCGGGCGGCGGCGCCCCACUGCUGGCCCUGCAGGCGACCAUGUGGCAUGUGCUGCGCGGUGAGCAGCCGGCCAGCCAGGAGGAAAGGACGGCACUGGAGGCCGCAGCCACGCACGUGAACAGCGCGGUGGCCGAGAAGCGGUCACCGGCGCCCCAGGUGGCGACGGUGCAGCUGUGA